GAGCCGGAGUCCCGGCACCCGGGUUAGGGCUGGGCCCGCGCCCAUGGCGAGCGCGGCCUGCCCGGGGCCCGGGGACCCUGCCAUGUGAAGCGGGUCCGGGCUGGGGGCCCGGCCAUGGCUGGGGAGCGGCCCCCACUGCGGGGCCCCGGGCCCGGAGAGGCGCCGGGGGAGGGGCCGGGGGGCGCAGGCGGAGGCCCGGGUCGGGGCCGCCCCUCCUCCUACCGGGCCCUCCGCAGCGCUGUGUCCAGCCUGGCACGGGUGGACGAUUUCGACUGCGCGGAGAAGAUUGGGGCCGGCUUCUUCUCUGAGGUCUACAAGGUUCGGCACCGACAGUCGGGGCAAGUCAUGGUGCUGAAGAUGAACAAGCUCCCCAGUAACCGGGGCAACACACUAAGGGAAGUGCAGCUGAUGAACCGGCUCCGCCACCCAAACAUCCUAAGGUUCAUGGGGGUCUGUGUGCACCAGGGGCAGCUACAUGCUCUUACAGAGUAUAUGAAUGGGGGGACUCUGGAACAGCUGCUCAGCUCCCCAGAACCCCUAUCGUGGCCAGUCAGGCUCCACCUGGCACUCGACAUUGCCAGAGGCCUACGGUACCUACAUGCCAAAGGUGUAUUUCACCGAGACCUCACAUCCAAGAACUGUCUGGUCCGAAGGGAAGACCGAGGCUUCACAGCUGUAGUGGGUGACUUCGGGCUGGCUGAAAAGAUUCCUGUGUAUAGGGAAGGAGCAAGGAAAGAGCCACUGGCUGUGGUGGGUUCCCCAUACUGGAUGGCUCCAGAGGUGUUGCGUGGUGAGCUGUAUGAUGAGAAGGCUGAUGUCUUUGCCUUUGGGAUUGUCCUCUGUGAACUCAUUGCCCGAGUACCUGCGGACCCCGACUACCUACCCCGUACUGAGGACUUUGGCCUGGAUGUGCCUGCUUUUCGAACGCUGGUAGGAGAUGACUGCCCACUGCCUUUCCUGCUCCUGGCCAUCCACUGCUGCAGUAUGGAACCCAGCACCCGUGCCCCUUUCACUGAAAUCACCCAGCACCUGGAACAGAUCUUGGAGCAGCUACCUGAGCAAGCUCCACUCACCAAGACUCCCCUGACAUACAAUCAGGGGUCUGUUCCAAGAAGAGGUCCCUCUGCCACACUUCCCAGGCCAGACCCCCGGCUCUCCCGCAGCCGGUCAGACCUCUUCCUACCGCCUUCACCAGAAUCACCCCCCAACUGGGGGGACAAUCUGACACGAGUCAACCCCUUCUCACUACGGGAAGACCUGAGGGGUGGCAAGAUCAAGCUUCUGGACACACCGUGCAAGCCUGUCACCCCUCUGCCCCUGGUACCACCAUCACCACUGGCCUCUACCCAGCUGCCCUUGGUGACCACUCCAGAGACUCUGAUCCAGCCUGGGACACCUGUCCGCCGCUGCCGCUCACUACCUUCAUCCCCUGAGCUCCCCCGUCGUAUGGAGACUGCACUGCCUGGUCCUGGCCCUUCUCCCAUGGGCCCCUCGGCUGAAGAAAAGAUGGAGUGUGAGGGCAGCAGCCCUGAACCAGAUCCCCCAGGACCGGCUCUCCAGCUGCCUCUGGCUGUGGCCACUGACAACUUCAUCAGUACUUGUUCCUCAGCUUCUCAACCCUGGUCCCCUAGAUCAGGACCUCCCCUCAACAAUAAUCCCCCUGCUGUGGUGGUGAACUCCCCACAAGGCUGGGCUGGGGAGCCCUGGAACCGGGCACAACAUAGCCUUCCCCGGGCAGCAGCCCUGGAGCGGACAGAACCCUCGCCACCACCAUCAGCUCCCCGGGAGCCUGAGGAGGGGCUGCCUUGCCCCGGCUGCUGCCUUGGCCCCUUCAGCUUUGGCUUCCUGUCCAUGUGCCCCCGCCCCACCCCAGCUGUUGCCCGCUACCGCAAUCUGAACUGUGAAGCGGGCAGUCUUCUCUGCCACCGAGGGCACCACGCCAAGCCACCCACACCCAGCCUGCAGCUGCCUGGGGCACGCUCUUAGCAGUGGAGCCUGUAAUAUCAGGCUUCCAACUUUGGCCUUCAGGAUACCCUGUAAGGACAGAGCGCACUUGCUGGACAAUGCCAGCCCGAGAUGGGCUGACUGGUUCUUCUCCCCGUUAGGGGAGCCUCAGCAUGGACUCGAGGGACAGAGCACUUCCUAUCCCCCAGGGAUCGCCCCUGGGCUCACCCUCCCAUGGGGAUCACCGAACCAGACACAGCAUUGCUGACACACAAGACUAACACGUGCAAAUUAUUUAAAAAAUAUUUCAAUAAAACUGCCUGGCUGGCUCCGGGCCAUCCAUCCACUCA